AUGCCCUGCUGCUGCUUGUUGCCGGGAUGCCCUGAAUGUUGGGGCGACGUCGAUGACGUGGCUGCCAGCAAAGCGGAUGAGGAGAAGCCCCCGUUGGGCGGCACGGGCAAGUCCUUGACCAUCCAGGAGCGGAAACUUGUGGCUCAUGUGGACAAACAGCUGGAGAAAAUGCUGCGGCACAAGUACUUAAGUCAGGGCGAGAAUUACACAGAUCUGCCGACUUGGAAAACUGCGAGCGGUAAGAAGAGGAAACGUGUCCUGGAGGAUGAGGAUGCCCAGAGCUGGGAGGGAAUGGAUACCCCCGCCGUCCCAAUUACGGAGGCAGAAGUGGGCACUGAAACCAUGGACGCCGAGGGCGUCUUCUUCACCGCAGCCAGGGGUGUCUUUAACUGCCUGAACCGGGAACUCCGCCUCCAAGAGGCACUGGAUGCACAGAGGUCCAGCUCCCUGCCAUUGGUGGAAGAUGCCGCUGUCCGGAAGCGUUCUCAGCUGAUCAGCUGCAUUCCUGUGGACCGUGCCUACUGCGGGCAAACGGGCAAUGCAGCUGACAAAUACCUCCUGCAACACAUGCGCCCCGGGGACUCCGACCGCAUUGCACUGGCCGACGGGUUUCACUGUUUCAACACAGCUGCAGAGAGCGCCUGGUACGCUAGAAUGACAUCCGGUCGCCUGAAGAUGUCCUCCGUCGAAGACGGCUACAAAGUUCUUUUCGUCAACACAGAGACCCCGGAAGAGUUCGCCUUCCAGCCUCUCGUCGUCUGGAUCGAUGCUUGCAGAAAGUUCCGAGCAAAAUUCAGGAGAGGAAUCUUGCCACGUGGCUUGGAUGGUGCACCUCCUGGUUGCCAGAAUCGUAGUUAUUUCCAGCUUUCCGACCCAGCUGAGGUUGCGGCACUUCACCGAAGCCCUCGGCCGCAUCGGCAGUUGUCCUCGAACGGGCCGGGCCCCACGAGAAUGGUGGUGUAUUCGGCUGCGUUUCUGCAGCAGAGCUUUGUCCAGCACCAAGUGCGGUGUGCUGCACUGCAGGACGCCAUCGCCGCCCUGUCCGAGAGGCCAGGCAAGGACAACGGAGCCAAGCAGGACGUGUGCAAGGUCCUUCUGACUGUGUUCCUGGAUCCAGCUCCAUACCUUUUGGCGUGGAUGACUGCCGGCAUGUUUCUUCGCACAAAAGGUUAUGUGACCUGUGCGAAAGUGAUUCAGACGACUGAUACCACUUUCUUCCCCAUGCAGAUGACAGUGGGAAAGACAAGCGAACAGCGUGCUUUCGUUGCUCUCGGUGUGGCUUGCUGUUCGCUGACAAGAGAAGAGGAACAUGAGAGAUUGCCCUUGUGUGUCAAUGCUGGCUGGUUGGCUUUGCAGUGGAAGCUUCUCGAGUUUUUGCAACCAGUUGCCUGGCCAUGCCUGUGGGCGGUGCUGCCGUCGCAAGUGCGCCGCUGGUGGCCUGAGCUUUGGACUUUGUGGGCGAAGCUUGUCUUCACAGGGACUUCGCUGCACGGAGUUGCUUUUGGCCAACAUCCAUGGAGUGCCUCUCAAGGGAAGGACAUGGCAGCUCAAGUUUGCAAGAGCAUGAAGCUUGAGCAGCGCCUGUUCAACGCCCUGGCAUUGCAAUACGAAGGCAAAGUACUGAAUUCUGGUGGCAACCACAUCCCUCUUGCCAUCCGUGAGGCUGCCACGGCAGUCUUCUGGCUGCCGGGCAUACUGUUUGGCGAGGUUCCUGAUCAUCCAUUCGAUCUGCCGUUUCCCUGGCUCUACUCCCUGCUGCAACUACGAGAGUAUGUUGCCAAGCGGAUCACCAUGUUCGCUUGGAGUGCAGUGGAUGACGUGGAACUGGGCACGGAUGCGGCGUUCUUCCUCUUUCAUUUCACAGGUUCCUGGAGCCUUUCGGAGGCGAGUGCCGAGUCCAUUGCCAGCGUGGCUGGCCGACUAGGACUCCGAGACUUUGGCUUCAGCGGGAUGGGAAACGAUGACGAAUUCAUCCACAGCCGAAUGCCAGGCAGAGUGCGAUGGUGGCAGCGACGACGACGAACACGUCAACACGACCACCUGGUCAUUAUGGCAAAGAGCCCCCAGAGCCUUUAUUUCUGCCGCAACUUCAGUGUGUCCUUUGUGCGAGAGGAGAAGGCGCUGGCCUUGGCACAACGACUGGCCGAGGUGCUGACGACGGAGACACGGCACAGCUGGGCCGUUGCUGUGUUCCGGGUGCAGAUUGAUGGCUGGCCGGCAGAAGGACAGCAUCCUCGUUGCAUGUGGGCGUGCACUCUUGCCUAA